AUGCAGCUGCUCCGGGAACGCCGCGGAGGGACUCCCAUUUCUCCUGCCUCGGCGGUGCCGGGGCCGGCGCGGCCGGCUAGUGGGCUGCGGCCCGGAGGCUCUGGAAGGUGGGCCGAGCCGAAGCCGAAGAAGACCGGUUACCCGGCCUCGUCAGCGCCCGCCCGGGCGGCGCGCCGCGCAGGGGAAACGCCGCAAAAGGGCCGGCGGGAGGGCGGGCGCCGCGCGCCGGAAACGCGGCCUCCGGGUUGUCCGCAGCUCGGAGCCAGGGCCAAGCGGGCAAACCGGAAGUCAGCCGGUGCCGGGGCGGGGUCGGAGGGGGCGGUGUACUACGUGUCCCGUGAGCGCCCGCGGCGAGGUGGGCGGGGCCGCCGCGGCCGCGCGUCCCGUGAACCUCUGCGGCGGGGUGGGCGAGGCGACGCGGGAAGCGGAGGCGCUGUCGGGUUAAAUGCAGUUACGGAAAAAGGAAAAUUUGAUAGUAAGAUAAUAGAAUGUUGUAAUAUGGCAGUGGAUUCCUCAGUGGAGAACAACAUGUAUAUAAACAAAGUGUGGGUUCAAUGUGAGAAUGAAAGUUGUUUGAAAUGGAGACUGUUAUCAAAUGAGGAUAAAGCCAAAGUCAAUCACAAUGAACCAUGGUACUGCUUCAUGAACACUGACUCAAAGUACAAUAAGUGCUCUGUUUCUGAAGAAGACUUUCCUGAAGAAUCUCAGCUUCAUCAAAGUGGGUAUAAGAUCGUCUACUCACAGCUGCCUCUUGGAAGCUUGGUUUUGGUAAAAUUACAGAAUUGGCCAAGUUGGCCAGGGAUACUUUGCCCUGACCCUUUUAAAGGGAAGUAUGUGACCUGUGACCUGGAUGGAGAUGUUGAACAAUAUCACGUAGAAUUCCUGGGCGAUCCACAUUCGAGAUCAUGGAUAGAUGUGGCGUUUGUUGGACAUUAUAGUAUCACAUUAAAGCCAGAAAAAUGUAAGAAAAAUAAGUGGUAUAAGAGUGCCCUACAAGAAGCAUACCUCCUCUUUGGAUGUUCUCAUGAGCAAAGGCUGGAAAGAUGCUACCUAUCAAAACAGGACAAAUCCAAAGCAGCUGGCAAAGUUACUGUGGUGGCCAAGAAAAGGGUGCGAAUUUCCAAAAAUAAUGCUGAAAAGAAAAAUCCAAAAUUUAGAAAAAGGAAAAGGAAAGCUGUUUUAAAAUCUUCUUUUGAAAAUGUUUGUUCAGAUGAUGCUUUAUCAAAGGAAAACAUGGUUGUCUCUGAGACAGAAUUUUUACUGAAAGAGCUGGAGCAAAUGCUUGAGCAAGCCCUGGAGCACACAACCACUCACAAGGAGUCUGAAGAGGAGUGUGGGGAGGAAGUGAAUACAAGAGAAAAGUUACCUAAAUGUGGCCCUGAAGUUCCUGCAGGCAGCUCUCUUGAAAACCACUGUGAAGAGGAAUGUCUUAUAAUUGAUGGGCGAAGGUUAAAAGCUGGAGAAUGUAUUGAAAAUAUAACUAAGAAGUUUAAAGAAAUAGAUGCUUUAAUGUCUGAAUUUUAGGGCAUUAUAGAUGUUUCCAAAAGUUAAUUAUAAAAAUCAUUUACAUCUUUACAUUCUCCCAAAGUUUAAACUUAAAAAUGUUUUGUGAAACAUUUUACCAAAGUUGUUACUUAUAAUAACUUUCUACUUCGUAUUUUGAGAAUAUCCAUUGUUUUGAGAGAUAAUCAGGUGGUAUUUAAAUUAAUGUUGUAAUUUUAGAAUCUGAGAACCCUGAUAUUUGUAUUUGUAGAUUUUUUUCUUGUUUGCCUUAAUUUUAAAAUAGUUUAUGAAACUUACUUCACAAAUACAUGCUUUAUAGUGAUUUAAUUUAGAUCCUUUGUUCAAGUGUGGCUGUUAAAAUGACUGCUAAUGCUAUUAUAAUUCUUACAAAUAAUUCAGAUCCAAUAUUCUUAGAGAAUGUAUAUUUGUAGUAGAAGUAAGCUACGGCAAAAUAA